CCCCGCCCUGACCAAACCAGUUGCUGUCGUAUGAAUGCAUGCUGAUACGAAAGUGGCCAUUUAUAAUUCAAUCUAUAGCCCCUCUCUUAUUUUCUCUCUUGUUCGUUCUCUCUCUCUCUCUCUCUCUCUCUCUCUCCUGCCACUCACCUGCACCCACACGAACUAACGAAACAGACGUUUUGCAGAGGGUUAUUCACAGGAGGAGUGGCAUACGAGGACUCGGAUCAUUUCAGAAAUUCACAUACAAACAGUUUGAGACAGGUUAAGGUACCAUGCUUGGCAAUGGUGUUGUAGGAAUCCUCUCUGAGUCAACAAACAAGUGGGAAAGAAGGGUUCCUCUCACACCGUCACACUGUGCUCGACUUCUGCAUAAUGGCAGGGGUAAAUCUGGAGUGGCGCGCAUUAUUGUGCAGCCAUCCACAAAGCGUAUUCAUCAUGACGCACUUUAUGAGGAUGUUGGUUGUGAAAUAUCAGAUGAUUUGUCGGAAUGUGGUCUCAUUUUGGGGAUUAAGCAACCAAAGUUGGAGAUGAUUCUUCCUGGCAGGGCUUAUGCCUUUUUCUCUCAUACUCACAAGGCACAGAAAGAGAACAUGCCGUUGUUGGAUAAGAUAUUAGCUGAAAGGGCGUCUUUGUUUGAUUACGAGCUUAUAGUUGGAGACCAUGGGAAAAGGUUACUUGCAUUUGGAAAAUUUGCUGGUUUAGCUGGGAUGAUUGACUUCUUACAUGGACUUGGGCAGCGGUAUCUUAAUCUUGGAUAUUCCACUCCUUUCCUCUCAUUGGGUGCAUCUUACAUGUAUUCUUCGUUGGCAGCUGCCAAAGCUGCAGUAAUAUCUGUCGGUGAAGAGAUAGCAACUGUGGGACUGCCAUCAGGAAUCUGUCCUCUGGUUUUUGUUUUCACUGGUUCAGGAAAUGUUUCCCAUGGAGCACAAGAGAUUUUCAAUCUUCUGCCUCAUACGUCUGUGGAUCCUAGCAGACUUCCAGAACUAUUUGGAAUGGCCAGAGACCUUACUCAAUCUGCACGAGCAUCAAAGAGAUAUUUCCAAGUAUAUGGUUGUAACGUGACUUGUCAAGACAUGGUUGAACAUAAUGAUCCUGCAAAAGUCUUUGAUAAGGCUGACUACUAUGCACAUCCAGAGCACUACAAACCAAUUUUCCAUGAAAAAAUAGCCCCAUAUGCUUCUGUUAUAGGUCAGUGA